UGCUCAACUGUUUCGAUGGCAGUUGAAUAACGUUGUUUACAAAUAAAAGCCAAGUUUAUGUACCCAUUGACUGUUGCAUGAAAUAUGUCUAAAAGAAAUACUAUUUCUUACGUUAAGCCACAAGAGCCUGCAUUCUUAACCAGAUUAAAACAAGAAGCAGGUUUUGUUCCUAAAGAUACAGUUGAAACGAAGAAAGUAACUUUACCAAGCUGCACUGAUGAUGAUUUAGAUGACAAAGAUGAUGAGCAGCCUGUUGUUGUUGUACUGAAACCUGGUGACAUAUCGGCAGAAGAAGCAGAACAGAUAAAGGCAGAACAGCUACAAAAGGCUUCCGAGGCACCGGCGGACCUGAGCCAGAGGGUGGUGUUUCGCGCCCCUUCCAAAUCGACGCCGGCAGCCGAGCCGGACGGCGGUGGAAGAGGGAGUGGCAACAGCGGCAGAGGCGGAGGCGGAGGCGGCAGUAGCAGCAGUAGAAGUAGCAGGAAGCGAGUGGCGGCCGGCCCAGAGGGGCCUCAAGCCCGGGCUCGGCCGCGGCCCCGGCGCGCCCCUGCCUCCACCAGUCUGCUCAGCUUCGGGGACGGCGACGACCAGGAGGUCGAAGACUGAGCGCUCCUCACUGGCCGGAGGCGGCGCCCACUCUGCACUCGCAGCCUCCUCUGCCGACCAGCGACGCUCUCCUCUCUGAGGCGCAGCCGAGCCUCGGUCCGUUCGUCAGCUUUCAUCUUCGCUGCAGGUACUACCUUCGCAGCCAGUCCCCUCGUUUGUGCUCCGUAGUACUCUAUCUUCCACAACACGUUCAUUUUUAUCAGCACUCAUAGUCUACGAUGAUUUUACGAUUUCUUUUACCGAUAUAGUAUUCCUUUAAGGAUAAUUUAAGUCCCAUAAGUAGUGAGUUUGUUUAUUUAUCCUUGUAGGAUACGUCCAAUUUUUUCACUGAACAAGUAUUUCAACACAUCACGAAAUGUUUAUAACAUGCACUCACCAUUACAUAAAACGUAUACAUAUUAAAAGCAGUUAUGAAGAAAAAGACAGUUACACAUCAAUAUCGAACCUCUUAACCCAGUUCAACAUGGCUUAUAGUUAUGAUUUCAUUAAGCCAAUCCUACUGUCUUGACAGUAAAGACAAAUCUCUCUGGUGAGCUGCUGACUAUUUACGGAUGAACCAUUGACUAACAGUUUAAAACAGAAAUGAAAGCACAGACCAAAACUCUUAUUAAAAUCCUUAGGGGCAAAUAAAUACAAAUCGUAUAUGCCCAUAUUUAGAUAUUUACACCUCAUUACCGUUCGGUUUUGCUGAUGCUACUGUAAAGAGACAAUCGCUGUGGGAAAUAAACUGCGUAUAACAACAAAAA